CUCACGCAGCCACAGCCCUUUACAUAACCACAUCGACAACAACAUGGGAGUGACCAAGGAAAUCCUAACUGAAGGCAACGGGCAGAAGCCUGCCAAGGGCGCCCAAGUCACUGUCCAUUGCACAGGAUACGGCAAGGACCGCGACCUGAGCAAGAAGUUCUGGAGCACCAAGGACGCUGGCCAGCAGCCGUUUGCGUUCCAAGUGGGCUUGGGCCAAGUGAUCAAGGGCUGGGACGAAGGCGUGUUGUCCAUGAGUUUGGGCGAGUCGGCCAAGCUCACGUGCUCUCCUGACUACGCUUACGGCGCCCGUGGUUUCCCUGCGUGGGGUAUCCAGCCAGACUCUGUGCUCAUCUUUGAAAUCGAAGUGCUCAAGAUCGAGUAAACGUCAUGCAUGGCCAUCGAAGGCUAUAUUCCAUCGUGUAUAAUAUAUGCUUCGUGACUUCUUCA